AUGGGCGACGUGAGCAGCUGGGGGAUACGAGUGCAAGGUCAUCAGCUGGUCAAGUGGGACGAAUGGCAUGAUCGGGGAGUAGCGCUGCUGCAGAGGGCGACUGACCGGACGUGGGGGCUCUAUCACCUCGCAGCCCGAUGCUUCAAGACUUCCCUAAGGCUGAGGCCCCGCCUGCCGGCCGCGCACUAUCAUCUUGGUUAUGCCAUAGCAAGUCUGCGUGAGAACGCGGGAGAUGACUGGAGAUGGAAGGCAAGGACAAGCUUCGAGCUCGCCACCCUUGGGCAGACACAAGUGGCGUAUGAAGGCCUCGCAUGGUUUCAUGUCGCGCAAGAUGAUGCUCACGGAGCUUACGUGGCCCUCACGCGAGGCAUGAAAGCUCUUUGCCAGCUUGACGAUCACGAAUCGCCCACUUCCUGUGCGACCUCAUUGGAAUUUUUGUUUCGUUGGUGGGAUGCUUUGCAGCAAGCUUGUGUCUUCGCCGACUGGGAGCGAGGAAGGAGGGUGCUUGAGGCAGCUCUAAAAGCUUCCUUCCUCCCUGACCAGCCACAGGACAUCAUGAGCAUGUCGCAAGGGAUGAGAGCCCCUAUCUCCGACGAGCUCCGCAAACAAGUAGCCUCCACGUACUGGAAGCUAUUGUCUCGUCAGUCGCAGUUCCCUUCCAAAGUCGCCAAGUUCUCGUCCUCGUUGCUGGGCCCGAAACGUCGAGUGAGGGUGGGAUACGUUAGCUUCAACUUCAGUCCCACCAGGAACCUCAACGGUGUUGUCAACUGUUUCCCAACAUCUGCUGACCAUCACUCCCACCAGGAUUGUUUUGCCAUCUACGGGCAUCAUCACAAGGACUCGGAGGAGGACGUUGAUAGAAUCCUGUCCGAGACCGAUGAGUUCAUCGACCUGCAACGAGUUUGCGCCAUUGAAUUCAGCAACACGUCAGACUACCACAUGGCGAUCAAAAUCAACGAGCAUGAGGUUAACAUGGUCUACGCUGCCACCACUGGAGGACCUUCGAUCGAUCUCUUCGUCACCGAUCGGGUAGCGACACCUCCUGACCUGCAUGCCGCAACUCUAUCCGAGAGAGUACUUGUACUGCCCGGCUCGCACUUCAUCAACAACCAGAAGGAUCUCAUGCCUCAAGGGUUCUCUUCUCCACCGACCCGCCAAGAGUUUUCGCUGCCGCUUAGCGGGGUCCUCCUCGCCUGUUUCAACGCCUUCUUUAAGAUCACUCCAGACAUAUUGGACUUGUGGCUCCAUAUUCUGUUGUCUGUCCCUCAAUCAUUUCUUCUCUUUGUCAAGUAUCAGUACCACCAAGCCGCACGCAGAAAUAUCCUGCAAGUUGUGAAGCAGAAGAACAUUUCAAGUGCGAGAAUCAUCUUUAUGAAUCGAACAGCAUCGCUGAGAGAUCAUAUGAGGAGGACCUCUUUAUCGGACGUCUACUUAGACACAAGGCUCUACAACGCUCACACCAUCGCAGUGGAUGUCUUGUGGUCUGGAGUCCCGAUCGUCGCUCUGCCGGGCACGAGUCUUGCGUCACGAGUGACAGCCAGGGACCCGCACGACUACGUCGACCUGACGCGAGCCUGGGUGAGGGCAAGGCCAUCAGCAGCAAAUGCCCGUGCAAGAGAAGCUUUCAAAAACUUGCGAAGAGAUGGCGAAAUCUUUGAUGGCGAUCGGUUUGCAAGGAAGCUCGAGAAGGGUUUUCUGAUUGCACUGGACGCAAAGGAUGCAGGCAACGUCGGAUCCAACUAUUUAGUAUCAGAAUGA